CAUGGUGCUUUGCGAACACAGACGACUUGGCGUUAAACGGCGCUGAGAUUCAAAUAUUUGAACCAGAGCUGAGCUUACGGGCGCGCGAGAGAGAGAGACAGGAGCGAGGAGGAAGGUCGCCAUGGAUCCCUACACCCAGAAACUACUUGAACGAACGCGAGCUCGACGAGAAAAUCUCCAGAAAAAGAUGUCUGAAAGACCAACGGCAGCUGGACGACAAAUUGCAAAAAGGAUCAGGGAACCUUUGUGUGAAGCAAAUAACCAACCUUCAGAAGCUGCUGAGGAAGUGAAAGAUUCUACCAAGCCUUCUCCAUCCAAAAGACGCUGUUCAGACAAAGUUGAAACGGCAGUUUCUGGUGUGGAAAACAAGGAGCCAGAAACUCCUAUGGCUACUACUGUUGUAGUACCUCCUGCAAGCCAACCUGCCGAAUUAGUCCAGGAGCAGGAAGUGCAAGAUGUGAACCCUAAAUCGACAGCCGCCUCUGUAAAGAAUCGAAUGCAGCAAUUGGCUGCGCAGCGGCAGAACUGGGACGGUGAUGGUAACGCAUUUGACUUAGAUGUAGCAUCACCAGUAAAAUUGUGCAGGCAAGCAUCUCCACCACCACCUCACCAGACACCGACCAGUGUCCAGCCUGGUACUCCAGCUGGAAGGAGAGCACGCUUGAACAAUCUUGCAGCAACAAUUUCAUCCUGGGAGGAUGACUUGAGCCGCCCAACUGCGAAGCAAAACAAGCCGCAAGGACAGCCUGGUACUGCUUGUUUACCAGUUUCAGGCAGAGCCCCGGCUACUGUCAACAGCAGCAGUGUUAAACGGCAAGAUCCAAGGCCUGUGGAAACAGUCGUCCAUAAGCCAGCCCCCGUUGUCUUGCAGACCGUUCAAUCAACCAAAGUGAUUCCACCUAGUCCGAAGAAAACUGAGCAGCCCAAACCACUGGCAACUAAAGGGCCAAUUAACUCCGAUCAGGUCAGCUCGAAUCUAAAGAAAAUUGAGGAUCUGGCCACCUUGAAUCUGAAGAAAAUUGAGGAGCCCAAGCCAUUGGAAACUAAAGGGCCACUUAACCCAAAUCUGGCCACCUUGAAUCUGAAGAAAAUUGAGGAGCCCAAGCCAUUGGAAACUAAAGGGCCACUUAACCCAAAUCUGGCCACCUUGAAUCUGAAGAAAAUUGAGGAGCCCAAGCCAUUGGAAACUAAAGGGCCACUUCAGUCAGCUCAGGCCAACUCAGGUCUGAAGAAAACUGAGUUGCCCAAGCUACUGGCACCUAAAGGGACACUUAAACUGGAUCAGGUAAACUCUAGUCCAAAGAAAACUGAACAGCGUAAUCUACUGCCUUCUAAAGGAGAGUUUGCCCAGCACCAAACCCAGCCUAGAGAUCAGCCAACCAGAGGGACCACUGCUCCGCUUCAGUCCAGAGGCAAUCUAACCCCAGGUGGAACAGGGGUGAAGUCUUUCCUGGAAAGGUUUAGUGAACGCUGCCAGGAGCGGAGUGCAUCAAACCCCAAAGCACCAACUCCUGGGCUGAAAUCUCCUGUUACUCCAAACACAAAAGCCAUCCAGGAGAGGCUUUUUAAACAGCAGGAGCUCUCCACCACAGCAAGCCUCACGCAGCAGCUUAAACAGGAGCGUGAGAAAGAGCUGGCCAAUAUUCGCAAUCGUUUUCAGGGAGGCAACGUCGGUGCUACGGAAAAAAAAGGAGAAAGCUCAUUUACCAAGCAGCCCAAGGAGACUGAUGUGUCUCCCCUUGGGACCUCUGAGCAAACCAGUGCAAAAUCUCAGGAGUCUCAAAUGAAUAUCACCGCAGCCCUUCAACCACCCUGCAAGGCUCCUUCAGAACCACAGCCAAAAUUUAUAUCUGUACAUGAGGGUGAAUCUUCCUCUGUGAAAGUAACUAGCACAGAAUCUGCAGCUCCUGCCAUUGAAUGUAAGGAGAAGGUUCCGUCCAGUCCUGCCAAAUCAAGUCCUCUCAGAAAGGUUAUGUUUGUGUCUGAACAACUGAAUGUUAUAGAGAGUACCUCAGAUGAUGAGAAGAGUGAUGAUGAAAGAAAUCCUGAUAAAGUUGGAAAGGUCAGUGAAGUUGAGAUGAGUGUUGACGAUGAGCUUAACAGUUCGGCUGUUAUUAAUGAACUGUUUGAGGGCGUUAUGGAAGAGGAUGAAGAUGUGGAUGACGAUGAGGAGAGAGAGAGUGAACUGAACAUAUCCUCGAUGUCGCUGCUUGCUCCAUUAGCUGUUGCGAGUCCAGAGCUGGUCUCCAAAACUGCUCUAAACAGCCCAGCUAAACAGAACAAUAACACUCCAGACAACGCAAAGAGAAGCAAGUUCCAGCGAACACGACUAACCAGAGCAGAGUCUACGGACAGUAUGGGGUCUUCAACCGAUGACCAGAACCUUUUGUACAGCAUUGAUGCCUACAGGUCCCAAAGAAUUAAACCCACCGAGCGUCCCCCAGUGAAACAAAUCAUUGUCCGCAAAGAGGAUGUUACUCAAAGACUUGAGGAAAGGCGGGCAGCAACUCCAAGUUCAGUUAAUAUAAAACAGAGGAUGAAGAAUCUGAGCAAUGACAUAAAUAUCCAGCAGAGUGUUAUUCACCAGGCCAGCCAGGCUUUAAACUGCUGCACAGAUGAGGAUCAUGGGAAAGGAUCUCAGCAAGAAGCUGAAGCUGAGAGGCUGCUACUUAUUGCCAGUGAGAGACGAAUGGUACUUCUUGCUGAGCUAAACAAACUGAAGACUGAGGGAGCGUCUGCCCAAAAGAAAGCUGAAUCUGCUGCUAAAGCAGUUGGUGACUUUGCUCCAUCACGAGGCUCAAUUUCUCUGUCUGAAAUCCGUCUUCCUUUAAAGGCAGACUUCAUCUGUUCAACAGCUCACAAAACAGAUUCAGCAAGUUUUUAUUUUUUUGUGCUGAUUAGAGCUGGAGCUCUAAAUAUGGUGGCCACACCAUUGGCUUCUACUCAAAAUGCAGUUAGUGGCGAUGCUAUUACUUUCCCUACUAAGUUUACACUGCAAGAUGUCUCAAAUGAUUUUGAAAUUGAAAUUGAAGUUUACAGUCUGGCACAGAGACAGGAGAUGAGUUCUACUGACAAGAAGAAAAAAACUAAUAAAUCUAAGGCUAUAACUCCAAAGAGACUACUUACUUCAAUCACAAAAAGCAAUAUUCAUACUCCAGCUCUGUCAAGUCCUGGAGGCCCAAAUGCAGUACGCUCAAGUAAUUUUGUCAUGGUCGGAUCCUACAAGAUUGUGCUUUCUUCUGUAGGAAAUACAAAAUUCCAACUGGAUAAGGUUCCAUUCUUGUGUCCUAUUCAAGGUCACAUUUACGUGAAGCUACAGUGUCAGGUUGGUUCCUCUGUGGAAGAACAUGGAUUCCUGACUAUGUUCCAUGAUGUCAGUGGUUUUGGAGCUUGGCAUAGACGUUGGUGUGUCCUAUCAGGAGCCUGCAUCUCAUACUGGACCUAUCCAGAUGAUGAAAAAUGCAAGCGCCCACUUGGCAGAAUAAACCUGGCUAAUUGUACCAGCAGAAAAAUAGACCCGGCUAACCGGGAAUUCUGUGCUCGACCGAACACCUUUGAACUGAUCACAGUAAGACCUCAACGAGAGGAUGAUCGAGAGACGCUCGUCAGCGAGUGCAAGAACACACUUUGUGUCACCAAAAACUGGUUGUCUGCAGACACUAAAGAGGAACGCAACCUCUGGAUGCAGAAGCUGAAUCGGGUCCUAGUUGAUCUUCGUACCUGGCAACCAGAUGCCUGCUAUAGACCCCAGGUCAUUUAAGGAGAUUGAGUGGCAAUAUUAGCUUUGUUUAAUUGUGUGGGUUCUCCUCAUAUGGAUCUAAAUAAAAUAUUAUGAGCAUUGAACAAGUGCAAAUGCUUGCUGCGCCUUAUAAAUUUCAGGCAGUGUGCUUGAAAAGCCCGAUGUUCAACUGUGGCUGAAAAAUUAUUUUAUAUGCAGAAAGCCUAUUUAUGAUGAAGCAGAAAAUCCUUUUUGGAAGCCUUUGUUCACACUAAUGUAUAUUGAUUAUUUGCAGAAAAAGGGUAUUGCACUAGGCAUUUUGAGUUACAAGAAUUCUUUCACAAGUUAGAAGAUGCCACAGAUCAGUCAGGGUUGUCUGUUUAUUCUUGAAAUUAAGUAAUAAAUCUGCAGGUAGAAAGGGUUCAAAUUAUAAACCAUUCCCAUGUACUGUAGUUUAUCAUUGUUGUGCUUCAGAGGAAGGAAGGAUAUUUGGAUCCACGGUCACAAUAAUCUGAGUCCUGUAGCUGCAGGGGUUAGAGCCCUUGCUUUGCAAGCGAG